AAAUUUCUUCAUCUUGUUUGCUUUCGUGGUGUUAUCAAAAAAAUUAAAUAAGAACUUAAGAAAUUAAUAAAUAAUUAAGAAUUUUUAAGAAAACUAAGUAAUAAAUAGAAAUUAUAACAAUUCUAUCAAAAUAGUAAUAUUUAAAAAGUGCACAAAAUGGCCAAUUUCGGUUCACCAAAUGAUUUUUACACGUCAGGCCCCACAGAUAAUGCAUACAACUUUGAUAUGCCUGAAUUUGAUCAGGAAUUAAAUUUUCAAAAUUUCGAUAAUACUCAGCCUUCAGUGCCACCAAAUUAUGACCUGAAUUAUGCUAAUCCUAAUGCCGGUGGUGGUGCAGGCAAUGCCAUGGGUUCAUUUUACGACCCUAAUGCAUAUGCACCGAAUCCCUACGAACAAGAUAAACAAUUUAAAGCAACUAACAGUGGCAAUGAAUUUGAUGAUGAGCCUCCUUUAUUGGAAGAAUUAGGUAUUAAUCCAAAUCAUAUAUUCCAAAAGACUUUGGCUGUACUCAAUCCUAUGCGUGGGGCUGAUCAAUCUAUAUUACAGGACACUGAUAUGGCUGGACCAUUAGUGUUUUGUUUGGCCUUAGGUGGUUUCUUGCUUUUGAGUGGCAAGGUAACAUUCUCUUAUAUUUAUGGCAUUGGUGUAAUGGGUUGUAUAGCCUUCUACAGUCUACUUACUUUAAUGGCUUCUCAAGCUAAUGUUACAUUUGGAGCAGUAGUUUCUGUUUUGGGUUACUGUCUAUUACCAAUGGUAGUCUUAUCGGGCAUAAAUGUUUUAAUAACUAUACAAGGAACUCUGGGACUUAUUGUUGCUGGCCUUUGUAUAUUUUGGUGUUCGUUAUCGGCUUCUAAACUAUUUGUUACAGCCUAUUCAAUGGAUCACCAACAAGUACUUAUUGCAUAUCCCUGUGCUCUGCUAUAUGGUGUUUUUGCUUUAAUUACAAUAUUUUAAAUGCAAUAUAAAUUUUAGUUAUUUGCUUUAAAACACGUACUCUUAUAUUUUACCUUAUAAUAUAAACAAUACAAUUAAAAACUUAUGUAUAUUGUUAUAGCGAUUUCGAAUGAAUCAUUUUAAUAAACAAAAUUUGUAUAACUUUAAAAC